AUGGACGAGGCGUCGUCGAUAAGAUCCCUCUUGGGCCCCGGCCGCCGCAGACGCACCUCCGCGACGACGACGACGGCCUCGUACCCGCUCCUCGCCACCGUCGCCCUCAUCUCCCUCCUCCUCGGCGCCCUCGCCUCUUCAGCCGUCCGCGUCCUCGCCUCCCACGUCCGCGCCGCCUCCCCCGCCACCGCCCACCGGAACGACAACACCCUCGCCUCGCCCUCCCACGACCCCGACUCCCCACCCGUCAGCUUCCUCCACCCGGCCCCCUGCGGCGCGACCCCGUCCGAGGCCCGCGCCGCCGGCUGCCUCUUCGACCUGGUCUCCUUCAACUGGCUGCCGCCCCCGUGCCACGACGCCGAGCUCGCCGCGCAGUUCGAGGCGGAGCUGCGCGACGCGGACCAGCUGGCCUGGUACGAGAACGAGCGCCGCACCAGGUCCCUGUCCAGGAACCAGGUCGCGGCCGGGGACCGCUCCGGCGUCUACGUCUCGCCGGGCUACCACCUCCGCCACUGCACGGCCAUGUGGAGACGGAUGCACCGCGCGCUGAUGCUGGGCGGUGGCGGGCUCGGCCGCCUGGACGGGUACAUCUGGAGCUACCACCAUACCAGGCACUGCGAGGAGACGCUGCUGGCGGGCGGGGAGCGCAACGGCACCGGGGCGGGCGAGCGGUUCACGACCGAGGUGAGGAUCAAGUACCCCGACUGCGGGGUGGUUCUGGAGGGAAAUACGUAG